CACUGCAUCGCGUUUCGGGCGAGUGUAUAAUUUUGCAAUCGUUUAAAAUAUUCUGACGAUAAUGUCCAUGUCGUCAUCCGCAUACUGAACAAAUUGACCUGAUUGCAUAAAAAAUAAUGACCUUUGACCUAAUCUCCUUCGCCCCAGCACUACUUGCAAUGGUAUACGCAUGGGUAUUCAGUAAGACCAGUAUCUGGGUUCGAUUACCAGUCGGUUCUAGAUUUUUUACGUAGUGCAGAUUUACUAUCAUGGAAAGAAUACUAGGCUGAGAAGCAAACUCUUCCUCAGUUGGGACGUAAUAUCAAUACAAAUAAGUAGAACAUACUUGGAAAAACCCGAAACAUAAGCUUUCACAGUUGACUUAAUGUGCAAUCAGACAAAUUAAUACACCAUCUGUUUAGGGUCACGCCACCAGCACUUCGGUCAUUCUUGAAAGCAUGCUAUUUGUACAUAAAUGAAACAGGAGCUGCGUUCGUUUGUCAUGGAUUUUCUUGAGAACGAGUCGAUGAAUUUAAAUAAUUUUGUCACUGUUACCUCCAUCCAGAGCACCGGCACGUUAAUGUGAGAGAGAGACCUUAAGAAAUACUGCUAAAGUUGUUAAACCGAGAGAAAGCAAUAUGUUACAUGUAUGGGGAACUUUUUAUUGCGUGGAAAAAACAACAUUUGAUGAAACAACCAGCAUCAAUUUCAUUUGAAAAUGAUUGUUUGAACCAUGCAAGCGUUAACCCUAAAAGUACUAUCUACGAAAUACAGUGGGGAUUCCGUAGGAUUCAUUCGAAUCAGCUGUAAAGCUGUUACUGUUAAUGAAAUAAAUGAGUAUUUAUGAUAGAAGCACGCAGUAAAUGCAAGGAACAGUGUGUGAAACGACGUGCAAUAGUUCAGAUCAUAGCCACAGCGUCUACAUCUACAAGUGCCUAGUAGAAGAGAUAAAUACCGAGCUCUAUUGUCCUUUCAGUUUAAUACUUCAUCAUGAACUAUCCAUUGCGAUGGCUGCUAGUAGCCACGGUAACCCUGCUCAUCAUUCAUCAAGCCCUAGCGCAAAAACGCAAAUACUUUACCAAAGAGACUGCCCAUGACUUGACCAAAGGCUUCAACGAUCUGGCCCGAAACUUAUCCGUACAGCUUCAGACCGAUACCAGCAAAUCGGAAAUCACGUCUCCCCUGAGCAUCGCGUCCUCACUUCUGCUUCUGAUGCGAACCGCUCGAGGAGAGUCCCGGAUGGACCUGCUGCGCCUGUUCGGACUCGAAACGAAAUAUUUGGUAAAUGACCCAAAGGUGCCCAGAACUUUCGGUAAGCUGAUCAACGAGCUGUUGAACGACCAUCGGAAUGUUAGCCACAUAAUGGAGAACACCGCAUCCUGGAAGAACGAGAGCAAAUGCGAAGUUCCAACCGACUACCACUAUGAUGAUGAGUACGAUGACUUCAACCCCGUCGACAUCAACCCGCAGGACCCCGAGCAGCAAAACCAAAUAAAACUGGCCAACGCUAUAUUCGUUCAGGAUAAGUUCUACAACAACACCAGGCUGCAAAAGCUUGUCAACCAAUACUAUCGCAGCUCAGUGGAGGGUCUCGAUUUCUUCAACCGGCCAGAUCUGGCCACGGAUCACAUUAACAAAUGGACGAACAAACACACCAACGGCCGCAUCAAGCAGCUAAUAUCCGAUGAGCUGAGUCCGGAUACAACCAUGGUUGUGGCCAACGCGUUGUACUUCAAGGCGUUCUGGGAGGAUGUUUUUCUGGCAGGAGCAACCAAAAUGCGCAAGUUCUUCCCCAACGGAGAGAACGAGGAGUCUGUGGAGGCUGAGAUCAUGGCUCACGGUGGAUGUUUCCCGUACUACCGGUCACAACAGCUGGACGCCAGAAUCAUGGGAUUUCCUUACAAAAACCGAACUUCCACCAUGUACGUCAUCCUGCCCAAUAACUCUUCGCGAACGAAAGUCCAACAACUACUACAUAUGCUGGAUGCUUCCACGUUGGAAGAUCUGAUCUCUAACAUGAAAAUGACUACGGCUUCCGUUCUGUUCCCAAAGAUGCACCUCACAAGCUCGUUCGAUCUAAAGACAGCCCUCCAGAAGUUGGGUAUGAAAUCACUAUUCGAUCGGGAACGGAGCAACUUCUCGUUGCUUAACCCCUCGAAACCCAAGGAAAGUCCCACCGUAUCCGGAGUGCUGCACAAAGUUGAUCUGGCUAUCGAUGAAUCCGGCACCGAGGGAGCCGCUGUGACGGCCACCUUGCUAGAUCGCUCAAUGCCGACGGUGAACUUCCGCGUUAUUGUACCGUUCAUACUGGCGAUCAGACACGAUGCCACCAAGCUGUUGCUUUUCUAUGGACCAGUUUAUGAUCCAUCGGCAUGAAGUAUUUAUUACUCAACUCUAAUUAAGACUUAUUUAGUUUAUUAUUGUGUGCGCCGAAAGAGUGGCUUACCUCAGAAGUAGACUGUAGAAUAAAUAUUCUCAACAUUAUAAAUCUUCAUCUUUGAGGAGUACAAAUUCGAAA